UGGAGCUGGUUCUGGAGUUGGACUCGAACUCUCAAUGCUACCUGCAGCGCCGCUUUCUCACUGGGUGGCCCCUAGCUCCGCUUUCUCUGAAGCGCUGAGCCGGGGCGACCUGCAACAGUGCGCCCGUUGGUUGCAGCAAGAUCGGGCAGUGCUCAGUGCCAGAGGCUGGCAUGGGUUCACGCCACUUCACCAUGCAGCGUACCGUGGCCACAAGGCUUUGUCGUACCUGCUGCUGGAACAUGGGGCAGACAGCAAUAUUCCCAAUGAUGCAGGAGAGACACCCUUUCAUUUUGCCUGCAGGCGUGGGGCACUGUGCAUUAUGCAUCAAAUGGUGAAGAAAGGGGCGAAUGUGGCAGCACUGGAUAACCAAGGGAAGACUGCCCUUCACCAGGCCGUGUCUGGUGGCAGUGUAGUCGCUAUCCGUUACCUUGAAGAAAUGGGUCAGUUUGAUUUCCGUGAGCCGGACAGGUUUCUGCGGACCCCUCUGCACACUGCGGCCUCCAUUGGCAAUGAGGACGUCAUCAGAUAUUUGCUGAGAAGUGCGAGGUGCCAAGUUGAUGCGGCUGACACAUGGGGGAUGACCCCCAUGCACGUGGCGGCUCAGACAGGAUCAGCUGCCAUUUGCUGGUUGCUGGCAACGGAAGCUGGCAUCCCUCUCCUCCAGCUACGGAACAAGGAUGGGCUGACCCCGCUGGAUCUCGCGAAGCAAGGCAAAACGCACAGACACCAGGAAGUAACAAAACUGCUUAACAAGUUCAGCAGGGAAUCACAGACAGGAAAACCCAAGGAACCAUUCGGACUGUACUAUGGCUGUCUGCUAUUCCCAGGAGUCCUGAGUGCAGUUGUGUUCCUCAUCGCAAGUUACCUCGGAGAAUAUGGGGGAGUUUUCAGUCUAAUUGCUUUUGCUGUCCUUGGCAGAACAGUUUUUUUCCAGUACCACCGCAUUUCUCACCUUUCCAGGUUACCAAAUCCGAUGUACCUUGGCACCUUUGCUGCUGGGAUCUUUCAUUCUUUGUACUGCUUCUAUUGCAAGAUCCUACCAGGCCUGUGGCCUGCAUACCUCCUGCUGUGUUGCAUGACACUGCUGGCCACCCUGUUGCUGUGGAUGUUCAAGGAGAUGUUAACCAGGGACCCGGGGAAGCUGCAGGAAACUAGCUGCAAAGCCGAGUAUGUAACCAUCACCGAGCUUAUCGAAGCAAAUGAGAAUCCAUCCAGAUUCUGCAUCUACUGUGAGAUUAUUCAACCAGAGCAAGCGAAGCACUGUAGACUGUGCAACAUGUGCUUGGUGAGCUUUGACCAUCAUUGUCUUUUCCUCAUGAAAUGCGUGGCCAAAAAUAAUCGCCGACUCUUCAAUCUGUUCCUCAUGGAGGUCUUUGUCUGUCACCUGACCUUUGCAGCAUCAGCUGUCUGGUACCUACACCUUCAAUACAAUCUGAACUUGGAAACGGUCCUAGCCAUUCUCAGCAGUGAGUCCUGGGUGGUAGCACUGGCCCUCAUGAACAUCGCUAUGGCCUUCUGGGAAUCGGUGAUCCUAAAGGAUCAGCUGGUGACUAUUUCCACAAACUGCACGACCACCUUCCGGAAGGUGCCACACGCCUCAGCGUUCACAUGGGGACGCCGUAUGAGAAACAUUGCAGCGUUCUUCAUCACUGGGAACGGGACCCGGAGUCACCAAUUCGCGAGUCAGUUCUAGACUUUUCUCCUUUAGAGCCAAGGCGUGGUCAGUAGUUGUUAAGCUGAGGCUCCCCCGUGAAACGUUGCUAUAGAUAAAUGGGUCAUUGUUACAAAUGAAUACGUAAUAUGUUAGUAGCCUUUUGGCUCAGCGUAAGCUAUUUCUGUAGUUAUGAUAUCUCCCAUUGCCACUUUAAUCCCUCUGCUCAUUGAUGUGUUUCAUUUACACAACCUGUUUCUCAGCUAUAAAGCAGGAAUGGAGAUAAUUUCUCAGAAUUGUUGGUUCAGAAGCAGAAUGACAUAAAAACCCUACCAGAUCUUUCCUUCCUUCCUUGUCACUGCACUUGAUCUGUUCCCACGUUUUUCUUGCCUCUCCACCAAUUGCUUCUCAUUUUUAUAGCUAGCUGAGAAAGGGGAGGAUAGGUGAAACAAAGAGAAACUGUCUUCAUUGCUUCACUUGAGCUCCGUAGUUUCUUGAUCUCCCACUUCUUUGUCACAAUCUCAGUUCAAGGGUUAAGCGAAAGAUGUGCAGGUUAGGGUGGAUUGGCCAUGCUAAAUUGCCCACAGUGUCCAGGGAUGUGUAGGCUAGGUGGAUUAGCCAUGGGAAAUUUGGAGUUAUGGGGCUGGAGUGAGCGUAGAUGGGAUGCUUUUUGGAGGGUCAGUGCAGACUUGAUGGGCUGAAUGGCCUCUAUCUGCAUUGUAGGGAUUCCACGUUAUAUAUGGACCAAAGAAACUUGGCACUCUGAAGAUGUUCUGGUCUCCUUGUGCACAUGGUUGUUCUUCAGCCUGGAGGUUUACAAUGAAUAGCUUUUAGUAUGUUUUUAAAUACACAUUAGGUACAGGAAUAGGCCAUUCAACCCUGCUGUGCCAUUUUGAUAGGAUUGUAGCUGAUCUGUUUAUGGCCUCAACGUCAUUUUCCUGUUUAUCCCCGAACCUCUUUGACUCCCUUAUCAAUCAAGGAUUGACCAAAGUAAAGUUGCCUCAUUGUUGAACAGCCUAAAUAUCAGCAACUUCAGAUUGAUGUAAACUUGGGUUUGAAACAUUGACGUGGUUCAGAGAUGCCAUGGAUCACACACACAUAUUGCCCUUGAAAGCCUGGACGUUGCUGGCACAGGCUUCUCACCAUUCCCGGAAUGCUGCACAAUAGCCCUGACCUUACAAGUAUGGUAGAUAUGAGAACCCAAAGCUGACCCCUCAGCUGAUUCACCUGUUGAAACAUAAAACAGUGACAUUUGUACUUGACCUAAAGAAACAAGAUUUUUAAAAAAUUUAUUCAUGAGAUUUUGACAACACUGGCCAGGUCAGCAUUUGUGGGCCAUUUCUCAUUGCCUUGGAGAAGAUAGUAAAGAACAAACUAAGAAAAUUCCGGCAAGCUCCUUGCAGUCCAAAAUCUAGGCCUUGAUUGUUGGAGACCGGACCAUAAUAGUGAUCUGACGCCAUGGAUUUAGGUCAGAAGUCACACGACACUAUAAUCCAACAUUAUUUGGAAUCACAAGCUUUUGGAGCGCUCCGAGAGCUUGUGAUUUCAAAUAAACCUGUUGGACCAUAACUUGGCGUCAUGUGACUUCUGACUUUGGCCACCCCGGUCCAAUACCGGCACCUCCACAUCAUGGAUUUAAGAAGAGGACUUGAUCGUUUUUAUUUAGGUGGGAAGUACAGCAAUGAGUGUCUAUCACGACAUCAUGUUGAUUUUCAAAUUAGUAUUGUAUGUGAAGCAAUUUUCAUUCUUUUUAAAAAAAAAAGGCCUGACAAAAUUUUUCAUCCAAAGAUAGCAACUCUUAAGAGGUCCAUAGUUUCAACAUUUUUUGCUGAUAUUUUUAACGGAUUGCAUGAUUAACUGCCAAAGCACAGGAAAGAAGAUAUGAUUAGAGAAGACAGUGUUUCAUUACUCACGUAAAACGUGGAAGUGAAGAGCAGUUGCAUUCGGCGUCACAAAGCCUGGAUUCUCCCCUUGUGUUAGCACGUGGUAUGCUGUUCCUUAAAGUCAGCAGCUGAUCAAAUCAGCCAGUGAGCCAAGAGGAGAAACAAGAACAUCACAUCCCUGACUUGUACAUUUUAAUUAUUCAUUCAUAGGAUGUGGGCAUCACUGGCCAGGCUGGCAUUUAAUCCUGUCUUUCAUUGCCAUGGAAAAGUUGCUGCUGAGCUGCCUUUUUGAACCACUGCAAUCCAUGUGGUGUAGGUACAGCUACAAUCCAUUAGGGAAAGCGUUAUCGGAUUUUGACCCAGCAACAGCGACGGAAGAGUGACAUUGUUCCAACUCAGAGUGGCGUGUGGCUCGGAGGGGAGCUUGUUGUUGUGAUGUUCCCAUGUAUCUGCUUUCCUUGUACUUCUAGUUGGAAGGGGUCACUGGACUGGAAGGUGCUGUCGGAGAUUCUUUGUCAGUUGCUGCAGUGCAUCUUGUAUGUGGGACACUGUGUUGCCACAGUGCAUGGUUGGGAGAGGGAGUAAAUGUUGAAAAUAUUGGAUGUGGUGCCAGUCAUUAGGUUGCUUUGUCCUGGACGGUAUCUAAUUGCUUGAAUGUUGUUGGAGCUGCACCCAUCCAGGCAAAUGGGCAGUAUUUCAUCACACUCCUGAAUUGGAGAUGGUGGAUAGGCUUUGGGGAGUCAGAAGGUGAGUUACUUGUUGCAGAAUUGCCAACAUCUGAACUGUUCUUGCAGCCACAGUAUUUGCAUAGCUGGUCUCGUUUCUAAUCAAUACUAACCAUCCACACCACAUCCCUCAUCAGACUGAUGAUAGUGACAGAUGACACUAAAGUCCCACUUCUUCUUCAGACAAUUAGCAGACAAUUUUGAUACAAAUGGAAAACUUUAUAGCGCUGUAUGAAGAGGGGUUAAUAAAUCUCUAAUCCAA